CUUAUGUGUACAGUUCAGUGAAGCAGAGACAAAUUUUAGGUUUGAAAUGAUAGCAUUGGAUGCCAGACAACUUGUUAAAUGGAGCAAAUUUUUGUCACAAAAUUCAAUCAUAUCCUCAAUUUAAAACCUUAAUUCUUCCGUUCUCAAAAUGAAGAGGAUUCAGAUUCUAUUCCCUUUUCUCCUAUGUUGCCUCCUCCUUCUGCCAUUUCCAUCGAAAGUUCAUGCAACUAAACCAGUUGAUUUUAAGGUUCGGUCAGCACACCAUAGCUUAAAUCCGGGCAGCAUAUACGGCUCCACUCAGGAAGGGAAGAAGGCAUAUAAACAACCAUCCGGGCCAAACCCAGUGGGGAACCAUGGACCACCUUCAAGGAGAUGAAACACAAGUAUAAAUGGAACAAUUGAAUAACUUUUGAAGUUUCAGAAGGUGAGAAGUCUAUGGUAAUUUAGAAGAGAAUGUAUCAAGGGAAUUCUGAUUAUUGUAUAAAGAUGAUAAGUUAGUAAUAAGGGAGGCUUUGUAUUUCCUCUG